UGCGCAGUCAGUCAGUCGCGGACAAACGCUCUCAUGGCUUCUGUGUAAUGUAUACCCGCCGCUGAGAGAGAGACGCAGAACAAGAAAGAUAAGAAUUUCAGAUACGCUGGGAUAAUAGGAGGCAGUUUCCUACAUAUUGGAAAAUAGUCUUCUGAAAGAAAUAAAAGUUGUUCUUCACCCGUGCAUGUUAAAUCGGGGAGUACAUUAGAGCCGUGAGGCGGCUACAACUUCUGAGUCUCAAAGCAACACCAGCAAGAAGGCAUGAUUCUGCGACGGAGUUCAGUAUUUUCUGCUUUUUACCUUCAUGCCUUUUUGUUAUGCUUGCGGACGACGGUGUCUGACGCAUCGGGGCACUUCGAGCUGGAAAUCUUAUCGAUGCAGAACGCGAACGGCGAGCUGCAGAACGGCGCGUGCUGCGACGGCGCGAGGAACCCGGCGGAUCGCAAAUGCACGCGGGACGAAUGUGAUACAUAUUUUAAAGUUUGUCUAAAGGAAUAUCAAUCGCGAGUUUCCUCGGCUGGGGCUUGCAGUUUCGGAACUGGAUCUACAGCCGUUCUCGGUGGGAAUAAAUUUUCGACCAAGGGAACGCGCAGUGAAAAGUCAAGGAUUGUUUUACCCUUCAGUUUUGCGUGGCCGAGGUCCUACACGUUGAUAGUGGAGGCCUUGGACUUCAAUAAUGAGACUGCCAGUGAAAGUGGAAAGCUCAUCGAGAAAGCGUACCACUCUGGCAUGAUCAACCCAAAUCGACAAUGGCAGAGGCUCACCCAUAAUGGCCCCGUCGCCCAGUUUGAGUACCAAAUCCGGGUGACCUGCCUUGAACACUACUAUGGCUUUGGGUGCAACAAAUUCUGCCGGCCCCGUGACGAGUUCUUUGGACAUUAUACUUGUGAUCAGAAUGGAAACAAGACCUGUUUGGAAGGAUGGACAGGUCCUGACUGCAACACAGCGAUCUGCAGACAAGGCUGCAGCACCGAACACGGAUCAUGCAAGCAACCAGGCGGCUGCAAGUGUCUUUAUGGCUGGCAGGGUCCGUACUGUGAUAAGUGCAUCCCUCACCCAGGCUGUGUACAUGGAACCUGCGUUGAACCCUGGCAGUGUCUCUGUGACACUAACUGGGGCGGACAACUCUGUGAUAAAGAUCUAAACUACUGUGGAACUCACCAGCCAUGUCUGAAUGGAGGAACGUGCAGCAACACAGGGCCAGACAAGUACCAGUGCUCUUGUGAAGAUGGAUACUCGGGCGUCAACUGUGAACGAGCUGAACAUGCCUGUCUAUCCAACCCAUGUGCAAAUGGAGGGACGUGCAAGGAGACCAGCCAGGGGUACGAAUGUCACUGUGCAAUCGGCUGGAGCGGCACAUCCUGCGAAAUCAAUGUGGACGACUGUACACCUAACCAGUGCAAACAUGGAGGCACAUGUCAAGAUUUGGUCAAUGGCUUCAAAUGUACCUGCCCUCCUCACUGGACUGGCAAAACAUGUCAAAUUGAUGCCAAUGAAUGCGAGGACAAGCCAUGUGUGAACGCCAAGUCAUGCCACAAUUUGAUUGGUGGAUAUUUCUGCGAGUGUCUUCCUGGAUGGUCAGGCCAAAAUUGUGAUAUAAACGUAAAUGACUGUAAGGGUCAGUGUUUGAAUGGAGGAACUUGCAAGGAUUUGGUGAACGGAUACCGGUGUCUUUGCCCUCCUGGUUACACCGGUGAACAGUGCGAGAAGGAUGUGGACGAGUGCGCUAGCAGCCCCUGUCUGAAUGGUGGACGGUGCCAGGAUGAAGUUAACGGAUUUCAAUGCCUGUGUCCUGCUGGCUUCUCGGGUCAACUGUGUCAGUUGGAUAUCGAUUACUGCAAGCCCAACCCAUGUCAAAACGGCGCACAGUGUUUCAACCUGGCCUCCGACUACUUCUGCAAAUGCCCCGACGACUACGAGGGCAAAAACUGCUCUCAUCUGAAGGACCACUGUCGAACCACAUCAUGCCAAGUGAUUGACAGCUGCACGGUCGCCAUGGCGUCCAACAGUACACCGGAAGGAGUGCGAUACAUCUCUUCAAAUGUAUGUGGGCCUCAUGGACGCUGCAGGAGCCAAGCUGGAGGCCAGUUUACAUGCGAGUGUCAAGAAGGUUUUAGAGGAACCUACUGCCAUGAGAAUAUUAACGAUUGUGAAAGUAACCCAUGUCGCAAUGGUGGAACCUGCAUUGACAAAGUGAACGUUUAUCAGUGCAUUUGUGCUGACGGUUGGGAAGGAGUUCACUGCGAAAUCAACAUAGAUGACUGCAGCUUGAACCCCUGCCUGAACAAGGGAGCAUGUCAAGACCUGGUGAACGAUUUCUAUUGCGAAUGUAGAAAUGGCUGGAAGGGAAAAACCUGCCACUCCCGUGAUAGCCAAUGUGACGAAGCUACAUGCAACAACGGAGGUACAUGCCAUGAUGAAGGGGACAUCUUCAAAUGCAGAUGCUCACCUGGCUGGGAGGGAGCCACAUGUAACAUAGCCAAGAACAGCAGCUGUUUGCCCAACCCGUGUGAGAACGGAGGCACCUGUGUGGUCAACGGCGACUCCUUCAACUGCGUCUGCAAGGAAGGCUGGGAAGGAUCCACCUGCACUGAGAAUACCAACGACUGCAACCCACACCCUUGUUACAACAGCGGGACGUGUGUGGAUGGUGAAAACUGGUACCGUUGCGAGUGCGCUCCAGGUUUUGCCGGACCAGACUGUCGCAUAAAUAUAAAUGAGUGUCAGUCUUCCCCCUGUGCAUUUGGCUCUACCUGUGUUGAUGAAAUCAAUGGUUACCGAUGUCUUUGUCCACCUGGAAGAAUAGGACCAGAGUGUCAGGAAGUUGUUGGAAGACCCUGCAUUGCUAAUGGACAAGUAACUGCUGAUGGUGCCAAAUGGGAGGAAGACUGCAACAUUUGCCAGUGCCAGAAUGGAAGGAUUCAUUGCACUAUGAUGUGGUGUGGACCAAAGUCAUGUCGCACAGGAAAGGCCAGGGGUGGAUGCCCUGCAAGCCAAUCUUGUGUUCCCAUCAAGGAAGAGCAGUGCUUCGUCAAGCCCUGUCCCAGUCUGGGAGAGUGUUGGCCCUCUGCAUCCCCUCCACCCUCCAAAUGCCACGCCAGCUUCUCUUACCAGGACGACAGCUGUGCCAACAUCACGUUCACCUUUAACAAGGAGAACAUGCCUCAAGGCUUGAGUGUGGAACAUGUAUGUAAUGAACUGAGGCACUGGUACCUGCUGAAGAACCUCACGACAGAGGAUGCUGUGUCCAUCAGCUGUGAGCCAUCUUCUUCAGCCAGCAAUGAGAUCCACAUCAGCAUUUCCACAGAAGGGCCCAGGACGGACAGGAGUCCUAUUAAAGACAUAACGGUUCAAAUCAUUGACUUGGUGAGCAAGCAAAAUGGAAACAGCACAAUCAUUAAAGCCAUCACCGGCGUACGGGUUCAUCAGAUACCAAGCCCCAAAACUGACUACCUGGUUCCUCUGCUGAGCUCCAUCUUCAUCGUGCUCUGGAUCUUCGCUCUCGCCUCGGCCUUCCUGUGGUGCAUCCACCGGCGCCGGAAACAGAACACCCACAACAACACUACUACCUCAGCCACCGAGGACAAUACCACCAAUAACGUGCGCGAGCAGCUCAACCAGAUCAAAAACCCCAUCGAGAAGCACGCGGCCCACGGCGUGCCCAUAAAAGACUACGAGGGCAAGAACUCCAUCAUUGCCAAAAUUAGGACGCAUAACUCUGAGGUGGAGGAAGAGGACAUGGACAAACACCUGCAGAAAGCGCGCUUCACCAAGCAGCCGGCCUACACGCUGGUGGAGCGAGAGGAGCGCGCACAAAACAAAAACCCAAACUGGACUAACAAACAGGACAACAGAGACUUGGAGACAGCACAGAGCCUAAACAGGAUGGAGUAUAUCGUAUAGCAGGCAGCUGUGUUGCCCCUGUUGCACUUACCGGUCAUAUGGCAGGGUUGUGCUUCUGAAAACUGUUGCGUCGUGUUCUGAACUUCAAGGCUGUUAUCUGCCCUGUGUUAAUUUAAGUUUUGACAAGCUGGCUUCACACUGGCAAUCGAUAGUCGCUGUGGACGGCUGGAAAACUCGUUUCGCAUCCAGCGUUUUCCUUCGUAAAAGGACACAAAAAGAAAAAACAGUAAAAAAAGAAAACGUACACAUUUCAAAUGUCUAUAUUUUCGUGGAUACGUUUGAGUAUCUCAGUAAGUUUGCAAAUAGUGUUAUUUUUGUUCAUAAUGACAGUGCUCUCACAGCUAAAGUAGUUGUUUCUUCCUUAUGCAGCGGCUGUGCGGAAACUCUCUCUAGUUGGUUUUAUUUCUAGUUCUGAACUGAAAGUGCCUUCACAGCUACGCACCACAGCAAUUGUCGGAAAGGAGUAUAUUGAAAAAAAAUUAUAAUAAAAAAAAAAAAAUUAAAGAACAAAAAAAUUAUUUAUUAUUUUUUCUUUUCUUGGGGCGGGAUAGGUCGGUUAGCAUUUCGCUGCCAAUAUGAAGAAUCGUGUCAAUUUAGUGUAGAUAUGUAUAUUUUUUUUAAUUAAUCACUGUGUAUAUUUGAUUUAUUAACUUAAUAAUCAAGAGCCUUAAAAUAUCAUUCCUUUUUAUUUAUAUGUCCUGUCUAGUUUUGAAGGUUUUGAUAGCUUUGUAAGCCUAUAACUUUGUUCGGACGACAUUUGUUUCAUGUUUCACACCAAAAUUUUUAAAAAGCAGUCUAUUUUAUAAUUUUUUUAGAAUGAAAAGACACAAGAAUUUUUUUUUAGUUUUUUUUUAUACAUUGUCGGAUAUUUCAAUAAUUGAAAAGUAUUGUACAGAGCAUCCAGAAAGUAUUCAUAGCGCUUCACUUUUUCCACAUUUUUUUAUGUUACAGCCUUAUUCCAAAAUAGAUUAAAUUCAUGUAUUUCUUCAAAAUUCUACACACAAUAUCCCAUAAUGAAUUUCAAAGAAUUUUUGAAAUUGUUGCAAAUUUAUUAAAAAUAAAAACCAGAAAAAUCACAUGUACAGAAGUAUUCACAGCCUUUGCUGUGAAGCUCUAAAUUGAGCUCAGGUACAUUCUAUUUCCACUGAUCAUUCUUGAGAUGUUUCAGCAGCUUAAUUGGAGUUCACUUGUAGUAAAUUCAGUUGAUUGGACAUGAAAAGGCAUACACCUGUCUUUAAAAGGUCCCAGGGUUGACAGUACAUGUCAAAGCAUAAACCAAGCAUGAAGACAAAGGAAUAGUCUGUAGACCUCCGAGACAGGAUUGUCUCAAGGCACAAGGCUGGGAGCGUUACAGAAAAUUUUCUGCUGCUUUGAAAGUUCCAGUGAGCACAGUGGCCUCCAUCAUCCGUAAGUGAAAGAUGUUUGGAACUACCAGGACUCUUCCUAGAGCUGGCCGGCCAUCUAAGCUGAGUGAUCGGGGGAGAAGGGCCUUAGUCAGGGAGGUGAUUAAUAACCUGAUGGUCACUCUGUCUGAGCUCCAGCUUUCUUCUGUGGAGAGAGGAGAACCUUACAGAAGGACAACCAUCUGUGCAGCAAUCCUCCAAUCAGGCCUGUAUGGUAGAGUGGCCAGACGGAAGCCACUCCCCGCCUGGAAUUUACCAAAAAGCAUCUGAGGGACUCUCAGACCAUAAAAAAACAAUCUCUGGUCUGAUGAGACUAAUAUUUAACUCUUUGAAGUGAAUGCCAGGUGUUACCAUUGGAGAAAACCAAGCACGGCUCAUCACCAGGCUAAUACCAUCUCUACAGUGAAGCAUGGUGGUGGCAGCAUCAUGCUGUGGGGAUGUUUUUCAGCAGCAGGAACUGGAAGACUAGUCAGGAUAGAGGGGAAGAUGAAUGUAGCAUUGUACAGAGACAUCCUGAAUGAAAACCUGCUUCAGAGUGCUCUUGACCUCAGAUUGGGGCGAUGGUUUAUCUUCCAGCAGGACAAUGAUCCAAAGCACACCGCCAACAUAUCAAUGGAGUGGCUUCACAACAACUCGGUAAAUGUCCUUGAGUGGCCCAGCCAGAGCCCAGAUCUAAAUCCUAUUGAACAUCUCUGGAGAGAUCUGAAAAUGGCGGUACACCGUCGCUUCCCAUCCAACCUGAUAGAGCUUGAGAGGUACUGCAAAGACGAAUGGGCAAAAAUUCCCAAAGACAGGUGUGCCAAGCUUAUGGCAUCAUAUUCAAAAAGACUUGAGGAUGCAAUGGCUGCCAAAGGGGCAGCAACAAAGUAUUGAGUAAAGGCUGUGAAUAUUUAUGUACACGGGAUUUUUAAUAAAUUUGCAACAAUUCAAAAAAAUGAUCAUUAUUGUCAUUAUGGGGUAUUGUGUGUAGAAGUUUGAGGAAACAACUGAAUCUAAUCAAUUUUGGAAUAAGGCUGUAGCAUAAAAAAAUGUGGAAAAAGUGAAGUGCUAUAAAUACUUUCCGGAUGCACUGUAUGUAUUUUGCCAACUCUUACUUGCUCAACGCAGGUAACAUCAACAAACAUGGCUGCUUUUUGUUUGGAUAAUUAACGGCAGACACAUUGCUUGCCACAGUUGAAAAAUAAAUGAUUAAAAAGUCUCCAUUAAAAGGGAACACGAGUCUUCUAGUUGCUUGUUGGUAAACCCGAUUGACACGGAUCAUUUCUAUUCAGCUUGGAUUUGCAGUAUGUCAUAAGCUAGGCUGUGAAUACUUGAACAGUAGGGGGCCAAUGGAAACACUGUAGACUGCCUUGCUUUCAGGAGUCCAUUUCUAUUGCUGUGCACAUGUAGUGUUCUUUUCAUAAUUCUUUUAUAUCGAGGCUCUCUAAAACACCAAACCGACAUGCUUAUCACAUUUGUCAAUUCUAUGAGAUCAUGGCAAUGUUCAAUGUUCACAUUUGACCUUAUUGUAAAUUUGUUUUCUUUCUUUUUUUUUAGUUUGUUCCUGGCAAUAUUUUUUGAAUGUUAUAUUUAUUAAACAUUUUGUAUAAAAGGAAGAUUAAAUGUUUGUUUUUUCGA